UUUCUGUUUGUUCUUUAGGUGUAUUUGGUGAUAAAGAUGAGAUGAAGUUAUUGUCAGUGAUGGAGGGAGACUCUGUCAAUUUACACAGUGAUAGUGAAAUGGAGGAUGGUGAUGAUCUGAUUCAGUGGAGUUUUGGAAACUAUUUAAUAGUUCAAAUCAAUGAAACGGCUGACAACAUUACUGUAUAUGAUGAUGUCCUUGAAGAGAGAUUCAGAGACAGACUGCAGGUGGAUCCUGAAACUGGAUCUCUGAACAUCACAAACACCAGAAGUGAACACACUGGAUUUUAUCAACUGCAGACCAACCGUGUGAAGAAGGUUUUCAUCCUCAGUGUCUAUUCACCUCUGCCUGUUCCUGUCAUCUUCUGUUACUGUCCUUCAACUCCAUCAUCAUCAUCAUCAUCAUCAUCAUCAGUGUCCAGACAUGUGCUGCUGUGUUCAGUUUUGAAUGUGAGUCAAGCGACUCUCUCCUGGUUCAAAGGAAACAGUUUAUUCUCCAGCACCAGUGUGUCUGAUUUCAGCAUCAGUCUCUCUCUGCCUCUGGAGGUGGAAUAUCAGGAUAAAAACAUUUACAGCUGUGUGCUGAACAAUUCAUUCACUGCCAAGACUCAACAUCUCGACAUCAGUCAAGUUUGUCACACAUGUUCAGACUCUGAUGCUGUUGAAGCUGUGAUCCGAUUGGUUGUUACUGCUCUGGUGGGUGUGGCUGCUUCAGCUGCUAUUGUUGUGCUGGUUUAUGACAUCAGAUCCAGAAGAGCUGAACAGGAUCGGGAACAAAUGUCCACAUCAGGAUCAUAAAUCAUAAUGCAAUUUCUGGAUCUUCAUUUUUUUUGGCUUUAUAUGGCUUCAUACAGAUGGUUCUCAACCAGGGGUGUGUUUCCUGUACAAUGACGUAACUCACUGGCACUGCUUAACUACCAUAAUACGAUGCAUCAUUAAGGAAAUCAUCUAGCUAGUCUCAAUUGUUUUCCGAAGCCAUAUUGUCGCAAAUUGAUCGUAUAACCACGUUGGUUAAUGAUGUCACGCAGGUGGUGGAGUAAUAACUACUUUUAAUUAAUCUGUUUGAGAUCGAAUUAAUGCUUGAUGUUUUGCUAUAAAUUACGGACAUGGCAUCGGAGAACU